AUGCCAGACCUACAAACCCCCAUUCUUGACCACAUCGUUAUUCUCGUUUCUCACGAGAGCCUCCUCGGAAUCUCCAAGCAGGUCGACGGUCAAUUCACCCUCGCACCCGGCGGGAACCACGCCGAUGGACUCACAACCAACAAAUUGAUCCUUCUUCCGGACGGUGUGUACCUCGAAUUCAUCGCCUUCUUCGACAACAUCGACCCGGAGAAACGCCGUUCCCAUCGCUGGGGUAAUGAACAAGAGAACACAAUCAUCGACUGGGCCUUUACUUUACGGUCGGAAGAAGACUUCAGCGCCGUGCAGCAGCGGUUCAAAAAGGCAGAUACGGAAGCUUCUUACACUGAUCCUAUCGCCGGCGGUCGUACCAAACCAGACGGAACAGUUUUGAAAUGGGCGAUUUGCGUACCUCAGCAACCCCAUGGAAAGAUUGUUCCCGGCUCUUUACCGUUCUGGUGCCUGGAUAGAACUCCUCGCGCCAAUCGUGUUCCCUAUGAGGCUGAGCCACAACUCACCCAACACCCCAAUGGCGUGCAGGGUAUCUCCUCUGUGUCAGUCCAUGUUCCCGAGGGGGAGGCUUCUCGUUUCAAGGGGGCUUAUGAUGCGAUAUUUGGUGGGCCGUGGAACUAUCAAGUUCCUUCUGGAUCGGCUGCUGGCACACGAAGUGUUUCUCUGUCGGGAGGAGAGAACUCUGUCAGGCUGGUCUUCAGGGGACUGAAGCAAGGAAAGGUUGAGCUCUUGCCUGGUCUGGUCUUUGAAAUUGAGGGCCAGUAG